AAGAAUUUUCUCAAUCAUUACAAAUUCAAGUGGAAAAGAUUUAAAUUCAUUGAUUUAAAAAUUUGUUAUAUAAGCCAAAAAACGUUUAAAUAGUAUUUAUUAUAUUUGUAAUUAAAAGUACGUAAUUAAAUCAAAAUUAAUGCGUCGAAUCGCAAAAACUAAUUUUUAAUAUAAGUUAUCCCAUGGAAAUUCAAAAAACAUUGUCGACGCGCUCUACAACCAAGGGCAAUGGCGCGUCCAAAACGGCUUUUUAUAAAACGAGAACCGGAAAAUGCCAACGACCCAGCGGGACACUUCAUCGUAAUCCAUACUUGAAUUUUCUACGCGAAUUUCGAUUGCGCAAUACUGGGCUUUCGGCUGUUGAAAUCAUACGUCGCGGUGCCAGGGAAUGGAAGAGCAUGCCCAAGGAGGAGAAAUUACAGUACAUAGAAGAGGCUUUUUAUGCACCAAAGAAAAGAAAACCACCAGCACCACCGCCAAUACCGGCGCAGCCGACACAGAUGCGUGCAACGCCAUUCCAAGACAGUUGCGGCAUAGUAUGCCCGAAUCCAUGUGCAAGAAAACGUCGUCGAAGGAAGUCGAAGUGUGCCCGUAGGCGAAGACCCAAAAGGAGGCGUUGCGCCAAAAAACGACGCAAGCGCCGAGGUUGCAAGCGAAAGAGAAGAAGAAGCUGCAGAAUUUAGUGGGCGCAAACUUAGGAUCAACUAAUGGAAAUCACAAUAUCUAACGAUCGCUUUAACGAUCGACGAAGAGUUUACAUGUUUUAACGAAAUAUCAAAAUCAGCUAUGCGUUUUAUAGAGUAAGGAGUCUUGAAUCGCUUUUGUUUGUAGCCUGGCAUAAAAUGUGUGUAAAUAAAUGAAAAAAUUUGUAUAUUUUAAA